AUGUCUUAAAGUUUAAAAUUUUCUAUAACCUUUGAAGUUCCUGCAAAAGUAAUAUAUAAUGCACUUAUUGAUCCUCAAGAAAUAAUGAAGUAUACUAGAUGUCCUUGCUAAGUAUAGCCAAGUGUAGGAGGUUAAUAUGUUAUUUUAGAAGGCAGAAUAAUAGGAUAAUUUACUGAAUUAGAUUCAUAAAAAUAUAUUAUUAAAAUGAAUUGGAAAUAAGCCGAUUGGCCAAACGAUUCAAACGUUGAAUUUACCUUUAUAGAUAGAGAUGAUGAAUGUGAAGUUAUUAUUAGUUAAUAAAAUAUACCUUCAAAAGUAAAUAUUGAAUAACUAGAAAAGGGAUGGUAAGCUUAAAUAUUUAAUCCCAUGAGUACAAUUUGUGGUUACCCAAUUGAAAAAUGAACAUAUAAAUACCAAAUAAUUUUUUUUAUAUUUUAUUUUAUUUUUUUAAAUAAAAUGACAACAUUUUUUUAUUUAU